UCUCCGUUGAGCGUCAGUGUCAUGACAACAGGACGAUGGCUGCGAGCGAGGAGCUGAGAAAUGUGAUUUCUGUGUGAAGGAGGAAGAAACCAGUUUCUGUACGGACCGGGUCCAGGACAGGAGGAGGCAGCAUGUCUCUGUUCAAGGCUCGUGAUUGGUGGUCGGCAGCGCUCGGCGAAGGGGAGGAGUUUGACCAGGGAUGCAUCUGUGUCGGAGACGUGGACAACAGUGGCAGCGGACAUGACAAGGUGGUGGUGGGCAGCUACAUGGGGAUGCUGCGGAUAUUCUCCCCACAUGCCAACAAGUCCACCGAGACGGGUCUGGUGGAGGCCCAGCUUCUAGAGGUCCAGCUUCAAAACGCAAUCAUCCAGGUGGACAUCGGCAAGUUUGUUUCGUGCUCAGAUCUUCUCCACCUGGCUGUUCUUCACCCCAGGAAGUUGUCAGUCUACGCUGUUUCAGGCACUGCAGGGAACGUGGAGCACGGUGACCAGUACCAGCUGAAGUUGGUUUAUGAACACAACCUGCAGAGAACGGCCUGCAACAUGACGUACGGCACGUUUGGAGGAGUCACAGGUCACCACUCCCUCUGCAUCCAGUCGAUGGACGGGAUGCUGAUGUUCUUCGAGCAGGACAGCUACUCCUUCGGCAGGUUCCUCCCCGGCUUCCUGCUGCCCGGCCCGCUGGUCUACAACCACAGAACAGACAGCUUCCUCACCGUGUCCUCCGCACGCCAGCUGGAGAGCUACAAGUACGAGACUCUGGCUGUGGCUACAGAUGCUGAGAGUCGACAGGAUCCAGACCUGCCCCUCAAGACCGGAGGCAAGAGACUGACGCCCGACUGGUGCUUCGUUCUGGGAGAGCAGGCCCUGGACCUCUCUGUGCCCUCGUUCUCUCACUCCUCCGCCUCCAUCUUUGCUCUGGGAGAGAGGAACCUCUACUGCUUCAGGGACAACGGCCAGAUCCGCUACAUGAAGAAGCUGGAGUUCAACCCGAGCUGCUUCCUGCCGUACACCACAGUGACGGACGGCACCACCAACCUCCUGCUCUGUAACCACACCAACAUGCUGCUGGUCUACCAGGAUGUGACUCUGAAGUGGGCGGCUCAGCUCUCCUCGGUGCCCGUGGCCGUCCGUGUCGCCAACUUCCCGGAGUUAAAGGGAGUCGUAAUCACCCUGAGCUCUGACGGUCACCUCCUGUGCUCCUACAUGGGAACAGAUCCCUCCUUCUUCUCCACGCCAAAGGUGGACGCCAGGGAGGCGGACUACGAGCAGGUGGACGCUGAGAUGAAGAAGCUGCAGAAGUACAUCAGAGAAACCUCCAGGACUCAGGACAUCCUGCCUAAAACAGAGGAGGAGGACAUGAUCAUCACUGCUGCUGUGUCGGACACCAUGGACAGCCCAUCGCAAGCUCUGAUCCAGGACAUCGACGGUCUGCCCGUCCCUUCAGUAACCAUACAGGUGAAGGUGAAGGCCAGUUGCGUUAUGCAGUCCUCAAAGAUGACCAUCGGGGUUCAGGCUCCUCUGGCGGUGACUCAGGAUCAGUUCCUCCUGGAGCCCAUGGGUUUUGGAGCCUCCACGGUCGUCGAGUUCUCAGCGUUCCUGAACGGUCGAUACCCUCCUGCUGACAUGACCGGAGACGUCACCGUGUCCUACAGCUCGCCCACAGGAGUUCCCAGGGUGCAUCAGUUCAAGUUCAGUCUUCCUCUGGCGUUGGUGUGUGUCCCGUCAUCUCCAAACAAAAACACCAAAUUCAAGAUCACCGUGGACACCAACCAGCCCCCUGUCGACCUCGCCUCCAUCUUCCCAGAGUUUGCAGCUAAAUCUGAAGAUAAGGACGGGAACGGUUUGGCUUUCCAGUUCCUGUCAGGAGGCAAAGUCAGCGUGCAGGCCUCCAAGACCUCCCAGCGGUACCGUCUUCAGAGUGACAGCUUUGAGGACAUCUGGUUGGUGGUGAAGGAGCUGGUCCUGAGGGUCGACGGUCACUUCCAAACACUGGGAGUCAAAGACUUCAAGAAAAGCUUCAGUGGACCGCUCCCGCUGCAGGACUACUUCCUGUCUGUGGACCACCACUUCCAGCUGCGUGUCGGCGCUCAACAGUACCAGGACCUGCUGUCAGAGCGGGCCGUCCAGUUCAGAGCCAUCCAACGCCGCCUUCUGACUCGGUUCAAAGACAAAACCCCUGCACCCCUGCAGAACCUGGACACGCUGCUGGAUGCUACCUACAGCCAGGUGAAACCUCGGGGGAGUAUUUAGAAAGUCCAAAUGUCUGGGAUGUUUACCUCGCGAAGCUCCGGCUCCGUGCCAGCAAUCACACUGUUGUCAGGAUGGCGAAGGAAUGUGUGGCCAAUCAGGAAUGCCGGUGAACCAGGCACCUCUUUCAUUUGGACCCGGAGGAAUGUCUGCUGGGUAAAUUUUCUGCAUCAAUCUUGGUCGAUGGAGGUGUGUGUGUAUGUGUGUGUGUGUGUGUGGAGGGAGGGUAGGGGGGGUUGGAUUUCCCCCUCGUUAGCGGUGUGUGUCUCCACAUGCAGCGGGGCCGGCCAUCGCCGACGAGCCGUCAGGAGAUAAGAGGAACGAGCUCCCUGUGAGGAUACUCUGCGGUCGGCUGUUCGUUUCUGCAGCGGAGGAUAAUAUUUCCAUUGUUCAUGCUGCCUUUAUGGACACAUAUAUAUUAUUCAUGGAUUCCUGAGAGCUGGCGAGCCACGGCUGACUUUAUGUGUGCAUACAUGUAAACUUUUUCAUCUCCAGACCACAGCGGCUGCACUCCAAAAUCAACCCCAGGUCUGAGCCGUGAGACCAGCAGGGUAUGAUUGAUGACCUUCA